UCUCUUUCAGCGCUGCAAAAAAAAAAAUACAUCGUGGCCAACGGCCUUGAUCUCUUCGUCUUCGCCACUCCUCUUCCCGCACAGGCAAAGCUCAUGUUCCUCCGCCGCCGCCUCCUCUCCACCGCUGCCGCGGCGGCCUCCGCCCGCGGCCCACCGCCGAUCCGCGUGUCCCUAACGGAGUCCGCGGGCCGCGGCGUUUUCGCCACCCGCCCAGUCUCCUCUGGCGAGCUCCUCCACUCGGCGCAGCCCCUCGUCUCCCACCCAUCCCACUCACUGCUCCACGAGGUUUGCUACAAUUGCCUCAGGAGGAAGCCCGGGGAAGGGCGCGCUUCAAGCGGAGGUUACUACUUCUGCAGCGACACUUGCAGCGACCACGCCAAGGGGUUCCAUGACAUUGACAAGGACGUAGAUUGGUCUUUAUUCGAUUACCACUGCAGUUCACGUGGUCUGAAGUACCCAUACAUGGCCAAGCGCCUUGCUUGCAUGGUUAUAUCAGGAUCUGCUAAUGCAGAUUGUCUUAACAUACUUCAGCCAGCUCGGUUGCACCAAGGGACGCUGAUUGAGAUGAAGGAGGAAUUUGAGUUGUUGGAGUCCACUCUUAGAAAAGCUGGGUUUCAGGAAGAAGCCACAGCCUUUUUGACCAUAGAUUGGUACAUCAAUGUAUUGGCAAGAAUACGCAUAAAUGCAUUUCGUAUUGAAUUAGUUGCAAGUUCAUAUGAGGAUCUCUUAUCCUCAGCGGCAGCCUCCGUAUCAUGUGAUUCAUCAGUUGGCAAUGCAGUUUAUAUGCUCCCCUCUUUCUACAACCAUGACUGUGAUCCAAAUGCUCACAUAGUUUGGCUGGAUAGUGCUGAUGCGAAAUUGAAGGCCCUCCGUGACAUUGAAGAAGGUGAGGAGCUGCGCAUCUGCUACAAAACUGUUGUAUUGAGUUGUUGCAUCUGUUAUAGGUGAGGAGCUGCGCAUCUGCUACAUCGAUACUAGCCUAGAUGCCGACGCUAGACAGAAGAUUCUUGCUGAUGGAUUUGGCUUCAAGUGCCAUUGCCUUCGGUGCUUAUCUGGAGACUAGAAAUCAUGUUUGAGGAGAUUGUCUUUGAUUGAAGCAGCUUGAGGUUGGUACUGAAUACCAUCUUGCAGAAUCUUACAGAGUUGCAAUCUUCUGUACACUAGUUACAGCCAUGCCAAUUGAAUUCUUGAGGUUAAGCACUACUUUGGCUUUUGCACUUCCCCACUACGACAUGCUAGAAAGCCAGCAAUGCUGAUAUAUUUACUUGAAAGUGGCGAAAGUUGUGUUGUAAUGUUGUAGCCGUCUUUGUUUUGCUUCUUUUUCAGUCUUUAGUGUCAGAAAAUAAAAUUUUGAUAAUACUCAGAUCAUUUCAA